AUGGAAGAACCCAACCGCCGAGCCUCAGCUGAGGCUUCCAGUGGAGAUGUCGCGAAUGGGCAGUCAGCUAGUGAAGAUGCAGCAAAAGAAGAACUGUACAUUGGAGAUGCAGUCAGUGAACAAAAGCGUGACAUAGGGGGGCAGCCCGAGGGGCCAAAAAAUCUGAGUCCUCCACUUUCUGGGCAGCAGGCACCUAAGGAGGAACUACACCCCCAGCAUCCUUUGCCUUCUAGUGGACAUGUGCAAGACGCAGUUGUAUGCAUGAAUCCAGGAGAAGCUGUUGAGGAAAUUAGCGACACUGGGCUCACAACUGCUCGCGCCGAAGAGCUUCGGGCAGUCUUCGGGCCAAAUGCUGUGAAGCCCAAACAGAUUCCCGAGUGGCGGAAGGUCUUGCAGCGCUACUUCCGCGUGACACCAAUCUUGCUAUUGGUAGCGUCACUGUUGUCGGUUUGCGUCGAAGUGGAUGGAAGGCGAGAUUGGUUGUCGUUCGGCUUGCUCGUAUUUCUUUGCAACGUGAUGGUUUGGGCAGACUACCUGGGUGAACGGUCGGCUUCUGAUGCAAUCAGCGCCGUUGAGAAGCUGGCAGCAGUGGAAUGCAGCGCCAAGCGUGACGGAUCGUAUGCACCUCUCAACGUCGUCGACUUAGUGCCGGGUGACGUCAUUUGGCUUAAGGCAGGGAUGGUGGUCCCGGCGGACGGCGUUUUCAUCCCUCAUCACAAGUUCAUUUGCGUGGAUGAGUCUGCACUUACUGGAGAAUCAUUACCGAUUAGGAAAUACAGAGGUUCCGAGCUGCUUAGUGGCUCUGUGGUGCAACGUGGAGAGGGGGAGAUGCUAGUCCAAAGAACAGGAGUGAACUCAUUCUACGGCAAAACUAUAGCGCUUCUCGCUCGCGCAGAAUCGAAAGGCCACUUACGCACAAUUCUCGACGCGGCUGCAAAGGUGCUGACAUGGACUGCUGUGGGCUUUGCUGUUUUUCUGAUCCUGUGGGAGAGAUUCCACCCAGUUUGGGUAGAGAACAGCAACGGAAACGUUAACGUGGGCAUCCUCUUCAAGCGCGCCUUCACGUUGAUAGCUGCUGUUAUACCUGCCGCUAUGCCCGUGGUCACCACGACGGUACUCGCUGUGGGGGCAGUAGCCAUGAGCAAAGAGCACGCGGUGGUAUCGAGGCUUUCCGCCAUAGAGGAAGCCGCUGGAGUUGAAAUUCUGUGCACAGACAAGACUGGUACCCUCACGCUCAACGUGUUAAGUUUGUCUCGAGAAGAGAUUUGCGUAGAGGACGGUUUCAACGCCGACCAGGUAUUGGUCUAUGCUUCCCUUGCAGCAACUCUAACCGAUCCUGAUGCCCUUGAUGCUGCUAUCAACGCAGCUGUAGAUAUGGGGGCACGGCAGCAGUUUGAAGUGCUGGACUAUACGCCAUUCAACCCGGUGGACAAGCGUGCCAAUAGUAUAGUGCGUUCAAAAGAUGGUGAAGUCAUACUGGUAACAAAAGGGGCUCCUCACGUCAUCAGCGAGCUGGUCUGUGCACCAGACGACACAGAGACACAGCAACGUCUCAAAGCAAUAAUCGAAGAAAAGGCCAGAAGAGGACUACGUACGCUGGGUGUCGCUAUCAAGCCACUGGAUAGCGAUGCUAUCACGAAUCUUGAUGAUGUAUCGGAAACUAGCGCCAGAAUUACAUGGAGCUUGGUCGGCUUUUUGAGUCUUUUAGAUCCGCCGAGACCUGACACCAAGGAUACAUUGGAGCGCUCGAAAAGUAUGGGAGUCAGCGUUAAGAUGCUCACAGGAGACCAGCAAGCGAUUGCUGCAGAAACAGCCAGGUUACUAGGUCUCGGAGACAACAUAUCUGGGCCUGAGAUAUUCAGGUCAAGACCAAAAGGCCUCGAAAGCGAUGUAGCUUUUCGCGAGUAUAUUAGCGCUGUAGAUGGUUUUUCUGGAGUAUACCCUGAGCAUAAAUUCGAAAUCGUUGACAACCUUCAGCAAGGGGGCUGUCUCGUGGCCAUGACAGGGGAUGGAGUCAAUGAUGCACCUGCCCUGAAGCGAGCAACUGUAGGGAUAGCGGUCAGUGGUGCAACAGAAGCCGCACGCGCUGCCGCCGAUAUCAUUCUGCUGGAGCCCGGUCUAUCCAGCAUCAUAACAGUUUUCAGCUUGUCAAGGCAAAUAUUCAAGCGGAUCGAAGCCUAUAUAACCUUCCGUAUUCACGGAAGUUUUAUGACCCUGCUGUUCUGGUGGGGGUGUGUUGUGAUUUUUGACUAUGAAUUUCCCACUUGGGUGCUUGUCCUUGUUGCAAUCAUCAAUGACUUUGUGCUUAUGAGCUGCUCCCGAGAUAACGUCCCAUCAUCCAAGCUUGGGCGAGCAGCAUCUGUUGGGGAUAGCACCACUGUCGACUCUUUGAGCCGGCGGUUCUUCACAGAUGACGUUCCCGCAGCGUGUGGGAACUUUCGAAAGGCCCGCAGCCUCCUUAUUGAUAUGGAAGCUAAAACAGUCCAAAACUGUCUCCUUCGUCAGCCCAUGCCAAUCAACGGGAAGGGUAAGGGGAACUGCCACACGAAGAGAGCCACUCCCAAGUUCAGUACAGACCAAACAGAGGCAGGCUGGUUUUGGGAUCCGAAAUUUGCGUACUGGCAGCAAGGAGGCUCCGGCAACAACUGGGCCCUUGGCCACGAAAUUCAGGGACCUUCUAACCGUGAUAACAUGGAACGCCUUCUUCUGGGUCUUGCUGAGGAAGCAGACAGUGUCAGUUCCAUUAUGGUGCUCCACUCGUUGGCUGGAGGGACCGGUUCCGGGGUCGGCUCGUACCUGACGGAGUUAUGUGCUGAUUUGCUUCCGGCAAGCUGCAUCGCGAACUGUUGCGUGUGGCCUUUUGACGCCGAGGUUUCGACUCAAGCCUUCAACACUGUUCUUUCGCUUGCGUCUCUUCAAAAAAACAGCGACGGUAUCUUCAUUUUUGAAAACGCCAGAUGCGCUAAGAUCUUGCAGAGGCACGCAAGCUCAAGCACUACAUCAACGGCAACGUGCCUGUCUGAAAUCAAUCGCUGCAUUGCACGGGACCUUGUAGGUUGCUGCCUUCUUCCGUCCUCCCCAUGGGCCCCUCAGAACAAGGGCCCUUCACUAAUCUCAUCUGGGCAGUCAAAUGGGCUUAAAAGUCAACAACCGGCUCCCUGGGCUACUACUCAAGCGCAAUUUGAUGGAGAUGCAACUGCGGCGCUUCGCUGUACCUUACGAGACGUACUGAUGGCAGCGGCACCCCAUCCAGCCUUCAAGCUGCUGACGUGUCGCUACCUUCCCCAGAACUUCCUGGCGGAGCCGAACAAUCGCCGCCUUGCGCCGUACACCUUCGCAUCCUUGGUACAUAGGCUUGAACGCAUGUUUGCCAGAGCAGAUACUUUGGACCUUCUUGCCCCUCCCAGUCCCUCAGCACCGUCCAGUUACCGAAAAGCACACUAUGCCGUCACACAGCAGAAGAACAGGGGUAGUCCUCAACAUGGAAAGGCAAUAGACGACGUUCACCCAAACGUUGCUGUUGGGGCGCAACUGUGCAUGAGGGGGCCAGCAGUCCGCUCCAUUGAAGGCGACCCUACCGCCGCCUGCAAGAUUCCCUUGUGGUCUUGCGCAGUCAGGCCCGUUCAGAUGUCUGUUCAUCCCUUUGCUACCAACGGGGAGCCCUACAGCAUGGGUCUGACCACAAGCUGCCGCACGCCUUUUCCAGCGUUACGGAGCACUUUGCAGCUGGGCAUGGAUAUGUUGCAUGCCGGCGCCUUCGUGCACCACUACGAGGAAUUUGGCGUGGGGGUUGAGGAGUUGCAGGUCGCUGUGGAGCAGCUGCAAGAAAUUGCGGAUGCCUACUCCGCCCUUCGUCCUGGUUGA